AUGUCACAUAUGUCAACCAACCUCUAGAGUCCUGCGGAAUGAGCACAUAGCUGAUGUUAGGUAAUUAAUCAAUAAAACGGCACGAUGAAAUGUUUGAGUAACGUUAAUUGAGCGCGUUUAGGUUCGAUUUAUCGACUGGCUCAGGAUUUUUUAAUUUCCUGUGUGGCGUUUUUAUUAUGAAUACGGUCCAUGUCCAGCUCAGGGGCUUUACUUUGCUGUUUGUGAAAAGCAGAGCUCUCCCUGCUGGUCGUCCGACAGCCGCACGCUGUGACUUUCGUCUCCACUGGACUGUUUCGCAGUUUUUCAGGACAAUGGCGACCAAUAGUAAUAGUUUCCCGGAGCCGAGGCAGCAGCUGGGGCAGAAGAAAGUGAAACAUAAGGAGCCGCUGCGCAGAGUAAAAAACAAGGAGAACAGGAACAAACGCAGAGAUGUCCUCGGACCGUCUUCUGUGUACCUGCAGGUGGUCGGAUCUGGCAGCAGAGACAGUCCUUCGUCUUUAUACGUCUUCUCCGAAUACAACAGGUACCUGUUCAACUGCGGUGAGGGAACGCAGAGACUCAUGCAGGAACACAAACUGAAAGCUGCUCGCUUGGACAACAUCUUCCUGACCAGACUGAGCUGGGAGAAUGUGGGCGGCUUAUCAGGGAUGAUCUUAACCUUGAAGGACACCGGCGUCCCUGAAUGUGCUCUCUCUGGACCGCCACAGCUGGAGAACUAUCUGCAAGCCAUCAAGUCCUUCUCUGGGCCACUGGAAGACAUCAAGCUGUUGGUUCGACCGUACACAGAAGAGAUGCAUUCAGACGACACCAUGACGGUUUGUCAGGUGCCAAUUUUCACCAAAACUACAGAUGGUGGAAAACACUCACCCACGCAGGGAAGAACAAGCCCCUCUCAGAGUUCCCCAAAGAGAGAUCACUUUCACAUCGGCGGCAAUGGAGAAGAUGCAGGUGAAAGACGAGCAGCGGUUAGAGACACGUCCUUAGUGGUUGCCUUUGUGUGCAAGAUUCACCCCAGGAAAGGAAACUUCUUAGUGGCUCAAGCCAAGGAGCUCGGACUGCCCAUAGGUACAGCAGCUAUCGGUCCACUCAUUGCAGAUCUGAAAAAUGGGAAAAGCAUCAUGUAUGAAGGAAAAGAGAUCCGACCCGAGCAGGUUUGUACUCCCACUGACCCGGGACCAGUCUUUAUUGUCGUGGAGUGUCCGUCUGAGGAGUUUGUCAAACCUGUUGGCAGCAAUCAGCAGCUGGCAAGGUACCAGACUGGAGGUUCAGAACCCCCGGCUGUUGUGGUGGUCCACAUGACUCCGGAGUGUGUUUUGAAAACAGAAGGAUACCAGGAGUGGAUGGGGAGGUUUCCGUCCACAACAGAACACCUGAUCAUCAAUGAGAAUGCGUGUUCAGUCCACAACAUCAGAAGUCACAAGAUUCAGACCCAGCUCAACAUGAUUCACCCAGAUAUCUUUCCACAGCUAAAGGCUUACAAAACAAAGGAGCCUCAGGCCUCCUUAAACAUCCCAAACGUCAGAGCCGAGUGUCUUCUCAAGUUCCAGUUCAGGCCCGUAAUGGAGUGGCAAAGAGAUGCUAUCCCCGCCUGCAACUCCGAGGAGUUCGUGAAAGAAGCUUCUGAGGUCCCGAACUUUCUGGCACAAGUGGACGAGUGCAGGAAGAUUUGCUCCACUGACGCUGCAGUGCUUUCUGAUCGAGGAGGAAAAUAUCCUGAGGUGAUUUUCCUGGGAACAGGAUCAGCUCUUCCCAUGAAGAUCAGAAACGUCAGCGGCACUUUAGUUAACAUCAGCCCGAGUCAGUCUCUGCUGUUGGACUGCGGAGAGGGAACCUUCGGUCAGCUCUGCAGACACUACGGAGACGACGUGGAUAAGGCUUUGUCCAAGAUAUCCACGGUCUUCAUCUCACACCUGCAUGCCGACCAUCACACAGGGCUGCUAAAGCUGCUGUACCAGAGGGAAAGGGCGCUGUUUACUCUAGGAAUAGGGUUCACUCCCAUCUGCCUCAUCGCUCCGGUCCAAAUUAUGACCUGGCUCAACCAGUAUCACAACUACUGUGAGGAGAUCCUCAGCCAUGUCAACCUCAUCCCUAAUCAGUUUCUGUGCGACGGCGCUGAGGUCACCGAGCAGCAGGCGAACUCAUUCAUCCGACGGCUGCUGAAGAAGAACGAUCUAGAGAAGUUCCUGACCUGCACGGUGCGUCACUGCAAGAACGCCUUCGCCUGCAGCUUCGCUCAUCAGUCAGGCUGGAAACUGGCCUUUUCCGGAGACACCAUGCCCUGCGAGAACUUCGUGAACAUCGGGAAGAACGCAACUUUAGUGAUCCACGAAGCCACGCUGGAGGAUGAGCUGGAAAAGGAAGCUGCAGAGAAAAGGCAUAGCACGACCUCCCAGGCCAUCGGCAUCGGCAUGAAAAUGAACGCCGACUUCAUCAUGCUGAACCACUUCAGCCAGCGUUACGCCAAGAUCCCGCUCUUCAACGAGGAGUUCACCGAAAGAGUGGGAAUAUCAUUCGACCACAUGAGAAUUCGCUUUGGAGAUUUUAAAAUUCUCCCCAAACUCAUCCCCGCACUGAAGACCCUCUUCGCCGAUGAGAUCGACGAGAUGGAGGGAAGAAGGGAGAGGAGGGAGCUGAGAAAUCCCAAAGGAGGCGUCUACGAGGUGGCCGACGAGUCCGUGGGUGGCCGGGGUGCCAAAAGAGACCAGGAGGAUGGGAUGGUGACACAAAACCUAGAAACGAAGAGACUGAAAAGCAGCUGAUUCAACUACGAUUCAUUAAAUCAUGAGUCAAGAGGAAAAGACUUUACAUUAGAGCAUCCUGAGUUAUUGUAUUUAAAUGAGGUUGAGAUUUUUAUUUGAAUCGUGUGGUUUGGUUGAUAAAUCUUACAUUGCAGUGUGCUAUGAGUAUCAUUUGUUUUUCAUUUAACAAAAUAAAGAAAUACCGCAGCA